AUGCAGGCCUGGCCACGCGAACGUCACACUCGGGUAUGGGCUAUGGGUAUUUCGGUCGACGAGCUAGAAGUGGUCCCCGCGGCGCCUGUGACACCGAAAAUGUCCAAGGCGGAACCGAAGCAGACGGUCGACCAGUUGUCGCCUCUCACCCCUGUCAACAGCUCUGAUGAGGGCGAGGGGAGCUUGUUUGAAGGGUCAUCUUCGCCCUUUCCCGCCAUGGUGGAACUGCCAUCGACGACCGAAGGACUUUUCCCUGCCUUGUCUUCCAGCACAAGCGCGCAAGAGGGCCAGGUUAAGGACGUGAUCGAAAUUGGGUACUCUGAUACCGACAGCCAGCGUUCCAUGCCCGCCGUCGCGCACCCGCCCCCCGAGGCCAUCGUCCCUUACAUUGCGGUUCCCCCUCUUCCCCCAUAUGUAGUAACCGGGCUCAAGAGAGUGUCGUCCCCUUCUCGGUCUGAUUUCGCGACCCAACCGCGGAAGAAGCCGAAGCCUGCAGGCCGGAGCGACCCUGGGUCCUCCGCGCUUACGCCUCAUACAAGAGGUCCCGGCGAUAGAGCUGAACACCCUUCACGCCACCGCAGCCAUCGGUCUGGCGACAACUCCACCUCGCGGUCCUCGAUGCCCCGCGUCGCUGACAACUCCGCGUCCCAGGGCAUGGUGGAUGCCUUAACACGAGCGGCGCAAAUGAACAGCAAGCCGCCCACCUACUCGCCACCGCCGCAAACAAAGCGCAACUACUACCCUCCGCCGCGGACGAUCAAGAAGCCGCAUGUAAGGCGCAGGGCUGUCGCCGCAGUGAUCCUGUCCGACUCUGAACAAACGUCGACCCUUCCGCGAGGCCCUAGCUCUGCCGUGCUGACGUCCGACAUGGAACUGGACUAUCCAGAUCUGGAAGAGGUUCCAUCGCUCUCCGGCUUUGUCGCGCCACCCUCCAUGCAAGAGCGCGCACCUCCCUCCGUCUCUGGUACCCCACAGAUACCUAGACGCUCGAUGCUGAAGCGCACAUUCACAGACGCUGCGCUCGAGUCCGACAAGCCUCCGGGGCGGACAUCUUCGUCGGCAUCUUCGUCGGCAAGCUCCCUCGCCUCGCUCGGGCGCAAUUUCAAGAAGCGGAAAGGCCCGCCCGCGAUCUCAAAGGAAGACGUGGCCAAGAGGCAAAGCGAGGAAAGGAGCGACGACGCACCGAAGACGAAGGGGAAAUUAAAGGCCUCCGCCAACUCCGUGGCGCCUGGUAUGAGUCGACGCUCUUCCCGCGCGUCGGAAAGCCGAGCCAUGGUCAGCAGCACGUCUGGCCUCCAGCGCGCGCUCUCCGCUCCUACUACCGGCGCGCAUCGCACUCGCGGAGAGUCGUCGCUCAACGGCUCGUACCUCCUGCCUGACGGCCCACCUGUCGCAGCCGUGUCGGUGUGCGCGGCUAUCGUAGAGUCGGCGUCGAGGGCGGAAGAGGCGCGUGUUGAGCCGUCUUCGAUGGCCAAGGUCAAUUCGCCAGCACCCCCACCCUCUUUGCCUCCCCGGAACGCGUUAGUCUCCGACGCGCCAUCCGCCUCUGCGUUCCCCAGCACCUCCUUCGCUCCUGUUCUCCCCGCACUCCGUCAGCCUAUUCUAGAUGCGUAUUCCUGUGUCGACGACCACUCGGCUCGAUUCAAACGAUCGAUCCAGGCCUUCGCCACUCUCUUGCCCGAUUUGAUUAACAGUGGGCUCGCCCUCGCCUCCGCUUCGCGGUCGGACCCGCACCUGGAGGAAGAGGUGAACACCCUGCGUCAUACAAUCCACCAGCAAGACCAGAAGAUAGAGCGCAUCGAGAGCGAGAAUGUCGAGCUGCGCCGUCAAGUUAGGAGGCAAGAUGAGAAGAUAGCCGACGUGACGCAGGACCUCGAGGCAAUGCAGAGGCGGUUGCAGCCUUUACAGGACAGUGAGAAGAAGGAGCGCGAGGAGAGAAACCUCAUGGCUCAAGAGGUCCGGAACCUGACCAGCAAGAUUGAGCGUCUUGAAGCAGGAGCAGGUAGCAGCGGUGUGGGCAUGGCACGGCUUGGAGAGAUGAUAUAG